CACCAUCAGUCCGAAGUGGUCGAUCGCAGAGUGCGCACAUCUGCUGGAAAGGAGGAACCAGUGACCGUGCACCGUUUUCAGUGUGCUUUUUACGUCACCCAAAUUAGAGAAUCAGGUGCCCGUUUUCAAGGUGCUCAAGUCGAACCUGCACAGCGGUCGGCGGUACCCGGUAAACACUCGAUCUUGUCUCAUCUCUGACGAUUGCCCCAAAGACGAAAAUGGCCUUUGGAAAAUUUUUGAUUUUACUGGCAGUGACCGUCACAUUAGUCCGGGCAGACGGUAAGUCAUUAUCAGAGUUAAUCGACGGUUUGCAAAAUGAGAGAGAGGAAAUGUUAGGAGACGAUCCGAAUGUCGACCAGAAGAUUAAAGAAAUAUUCGGAGACAUAGGCAAGGAUACACAAUCCUCAACAAGCGCACCAAUCAAUCUCCAACCAACGGGAAUACCCGGAACUGGAUCCUGUUCUUGUGUGCCAUACUACCUUUGCAAUAAUGGUUCUAUCAAUACCAAUGGCGAAGGAGUUAUUGAUAUAAGAAUAACAGAACCAUCGUGCUCAAGCUACAUUGAGGUAUGUUGUGAUGAAGGUAGCAAAACUGACGAACCUAUUACGCCACCACCGCCAGUCACAAAGAGGAAAGGCUGCGGUUAUCGUAACGAAGAAGGAGUAGGAUUCAGAAUUACCGGUGACAAAGAUAACGAGGCGCAAUUCGGUGAAUUUCCAUGGAUGGUUGCAGUAUUACGUGAAGAGUCGAUUGAAGGAAGCGAGCCCAAAUUGAACAUAUAUCAAUGUGGAGGCGCACUGAUUCAUCCCCAAGUCGUGGUGACAGCCGCACAUUGCGUAGCCGGAAAGAAAACAUCUUUCAAGAUCAGAGCGGGAGAGUGGGACACCCAAACCACUCAAGAAUUGUACCCACAUCAAGAUCGGGAAGUUGUCAGCGUUGUAAUCCACAAAGAUUAUUAUGCGGGAGCCUUGUACAACGAUAUUGCGUUGCUGUUCCUGGACAAACCAGUGACUCCGGCUGAGAAUGUCGACGUUGUUUGUUUGCCACCGCAAUCGCACCUUUCUGACAAUUCUAGAUGUUUCGCCAGUGGAUGGGGUAAAGACGUUUUCGGGAAAGAAGGAAAAUACCAGGUCAUUUUGAAGAAAAUUGAUCUUCCUGUCGUUCCAUACAAAUCUUGCCAAGACAAACUGAGAACCACUAGAUUGGGCAAAUUUUUCGAACUGCACCAAAGCUUCAUUUGUGCCGGAGGUGAACCAGGAAAAGACACAUGUAAAGGCGAUGGCGGAAGUCCUCUGGUGUGCCCAAUUGCCGGACAACCUGACAGAUAUUACCAAGCUGGAAUAGUAGCUUGGGGCAUCGGUUGUGGUGAGAACAAUACACCUGGAGUCUACGUCAACGUCGCCCUCUUCAGAGACUGGAUAGACGCACAGUUGAAAUCAAAUAAUAUCGACGUGUCAACAUACCAAUAUUAAAUUUUAUGUUUGAUGUGUUACUACAAUAAGCUGUGAAUUUUUAUUACAUAACAUUAAUCAAUAAAUUUUUUUUUAAUUUUU